CUCCCCUCUGUUGCUAACACGAUAGUUUUGCUUGACAACCACUAUAGGCUGGUAACGUCAUCAGAGAGCGCUGCCUACAGAGAGCAGCAACGUGGGAGAACUCGGAUAAAAUGCAGGGUGAUGGCGCAGAGCAUCAUGGUAGGUCGUUUUGUCAGGCAAUAUUUUUUCUUUACUGCUAUUGUUAGAAGUAGAGGAGGGAAAGAUCGAAGGGAGUAGUCUAGCAGAAGCACAAGCCCUCCGUCUAGAAUAAGGAAGCAAGACAAGCAGGGGCGUGGUAAUGAAUUUAUUAAACUGCUCUCUGUGGACAGGUAUAAGGGUUACUUUUAACCCUAUUUUUUGGCAGCUGGCAGUGAAGAGUUGCCAGGUCCGAGUAUAUAAAAAAAGCUGCAGUUUAGUGUCUCUAGUCUAAAGUUAGAACAACAACCUGUCAGUUUGCCAGUGACUCCUGUGUUUGAUGACAUCAUCACGAGAUUUCGGACUGCAAAUCUCGCGAGAAUAGGGAAGCAUAACCAGAGGCGAUCUACUAGUCAGGGCACUACUAUGAAUUACAAGUACAAGUGCAACUUGCCCAAAGAAAUUGUUGUACUGCUGGUGAUUUGGGCUCACAUACAGACACAGCAGGUGCUGAUUCUUAAGCUGCUUGUUGUCUGGCCAGCAUAUUAUGGAAAAAUCCCUUAAUAUUCUGUUGGUGGGUGAGGGGAACUUCUCCUUCUCUGUUUGUCUUUGUGAUUUAAGCCAUGGCAAGCAUCACAUUACUGCCACAUGUUUUGAGGCAGAAGAUAAAGUAUGCAGACAAACCCUAGCCUGGGACAAUGUGCAGGAUUUAAGAGAAAAAGGAGCUGCAGUUCUCUUUGGGGUGGAUGCCACAGACCUUAGUGGUAACGAGAUGCUUGCUAAUAAGCUAUAUGAUCAAAUUAUUUUCAACUUCCCCCACUGUGGAAGGAAGGCUGGUGUGAAGAAAAACAGGGACCUGCUCACAAAAUUUUUUAUAAGCUGCUCCAAAGUUCUUGCUCAGAAUGGGGACAUACAUGUUACGUUGUGCAAAGGACAGGGAGGAACACCUGCAGAUCACCCAGUAAGAGAAUGGCAUAAUAGCUGGCAAGUGGUGGCCAUGGCAGCAAAAGCAGGAUUUAUUCUAAGUACAGUGGUUCCUUUUGGUUCUGAUCAAUACAGUGCCUAUCAAUGCACAGGAUACAGAAGCCAAGAAAAAUCAUUCCAUGUGGAAGGCUCUUUGACACACAUCUUUACUAGGAGUUUGCCACUGGAGAUGCCAAAACCACUGCAACUAAUAGGCAGAAUCACAGACAUGUUAGCAUUGAAGAAAGUUCCACAUGCGGAAGAUAUUAGAGCUCACAGAGAUCUCUUAGAACAGGAUGUAAACCAUCCAACCAAGAUUCUCAACAAAGAACUUGUAGCCUUUAUGGAGAAACGUGUGGCACUAAGAUGUCUGAAAGAUAUGUUUUCCCUAGUAUGUGAUGCCUGCAGUGGUUCAGCAUAUUGCUGUUGUUCGGUACCUGAGACUGUUCCAUAUUUCUUAUAUUCUUCGAAUGCAGAGCUGAAGCAGAUUGGUUCCAACACUUCCUGUACAAACCAGAGCUCCAAACUGUAUUUAAGGCCUUCACUGUCAUAUUUCACUAAUGACAUCAUUCAGAGACCUGACUUUACCCCAGGGGUGAUGUACGUAUUGAAUGGACUUGUUUUCAGAAAAUGUUUGGCAUCACAAUGGAACAUGCCAGUUUAUCAUGAAUUCAUGCUUUUGUGGGGUUGUGAGACAGACAAGAUUACAGAGCAAAUGCAGAUGCUCAUGAAUACUAUUGACAGUGCCAUAGCAUAUAUUCAGACUUUAAUUGCCAACAAGGCUAUGUAUUCUGGAAAAAUGAAUACUGAAACAAAUACCAUUUUUAACAGCGAGUUAACAUUUCACAGCAACCCCCACACUGAAAAUUGCACUGAAAAUUUUUCUUGUAAUUAUGGUGAUCAUAUAAUAGGACAUAUAAAUGCAUUGUCACCUGGGAAAAUAGGCAAUGAAACUGGCCUUCUGGAAGUGACACUAAAUCUUGAUUUAAUGGCCAUGUGCCUUCUGGAUAUCCAAGACUGGCGAAUCCUUUGGACACCUGAUGACAGAUUCAAGCAACAAUUUAACACUCCUCAACUAAGAACCUUUAAACUGUUCUCUCUGUACCCCCCUCACUAUACCCAUGAUGUCAGUUUUUGGGUUAGAGAAGGGUCCAUUUUUGAUAAUCUAGAAUUUCAUAUGUUAGCUCAGAGAGUAUCCAAAGGGACCAUUCUGGACAUUAAACUUCUGGAUGAAUUUCAGAAUGUAAAUACUGGACAGACCAGCUUAUGUUAUAGGAUAAUAUAUCAGUCAUGUGAUAGGGCACUGAGUUAUGAGUUGGCAUCAGAAAUGCAACUGUUGCUAAGAGAAGAAUUACAAAAUUGUUUUAGUGUUAUUCUUAGAUAGUCAAGGUGCCAAAGAAAUAGUAAAUAAUACUAAGGAAAAAUUAGCUAAAUGGCUGAAGACAUCCCUUCUGUAAACAGUAUGGGGAACACUUCACUGGAAUUGGCUUAAUGUAUUGCUGUGAGGUAACCUAUGUAACUUCUGUGUUACCCAGAUAGAUUAAUUGGGAGCAGAUAAAAAUAAGAAAGCCUCUAUGCUUAUGAAAUUGUGCUUUUUUGCACUAAUAUUCUAUACACUGUAAAAGGCAAAGGAAGGUAAAAAUCACUGAGGGGUGCCAAAUGUUAGGCACCCCCCAGUGAUUGUAAUCGCUUACCUUUUACUUUGUAGAA